GCGGAAAAGUAUAUAAAAAUUCAUUUAAAUCGUUGUGUGCGUGUGCGUGUUUUUUUCUUAACUGAAACAACACUAUAUUGUAAAUUGCAUUAAUUUAAAUAAUGUUAAGAAUAAUUAAAUAGGCAUGUGUACGCUGCAAAAUGGGACGUCGCGUUAAAUUAAGGAACAAAAUUGGUAGACCAAUGAAAAAAUAAAAGUAAUAAAAAGGCAAAGUAGAAGAAAAAAAGAAGGCAUACAGGCACACAUACAUCCGCACGCUCGACGUCGCCGUUGCGAAGGAAUAUAUGUAUCUACAUAUGUUGUAUAUGUAUGCGUGUUGUACACAUAAAUGUGGUGCUGUGUGCGGUUGUGUGUGUACGUUUGUAUCGGGCAGCAGCAGCACCAACAGAAACGCCAGUAGCAAAAGCUAGACACGGCAUUCGCGAGGGGGACACCGGGCGCCGACAGCAACUUUUAAGAUUAGGGAAAAAUACAGCAUAAAAAUGAAAUGCCUCAUCCGCGUCCUCAACAAACACAACGGCGGCGACAACGACUCCGACUCAUUCAGCAGAGCCGUCCUAGACGCACACUUUAAUCCAAUGGAAUCAAAUGUAUCGUUUUGAGUAGAAAUGCGCUGUUAUUAGCCAAAAUAAAUAAACCAGAUCGAAAUCAAAGUACGAUUUGUUCUACGGCUGCCUAUUGCGUUAUUGGGAUAGAAGAACAACAGCAACAACAGCGACCUAAACUCGAAAUAAUCAAGCCCUGAACGACUUGUAUGCAUGUAUGUAUUGGUUUUGUGUAUGCAUGUCUUCUCUGUCUCUGCUGGACGACGUCGACAAAGCACCGCCAAGAACAACAGUCGAGGAACAAGGAGACAAGCGCGCAAGGAUUAGUGAAUAUUUUACUUAAGACUGCACCUCAGAAUGGUCGUCGGUUCGAAUCAUACGCGACGCAGUGAAACUGGCAGCAGAUUUACAAGCGGAGGCAACAAUAGCGCGCCCAGCAAUAUAAAUAAUAGCGAUAGCAGUAUCAACACCACCAGCGCAACGUCUUCAAUAACAGUAUCCUCCUCAACGGUAACGGGAGGAGGGACAGCUAUACCCGCAACAGCGGCGACGGUUUCGUCGUCAAUGUCGCAUAAAACAUCAAGUACCGCCUCCAAUGCAUCAGCAAACAAUGCUACGCACGCUCCACAUCAGCAACAGCAACACCACCACCAUCAUCAUCCGACGAACCACCAGCCUCAUCAGCAUUGCGUGUCGUCCUCGUCAGCAACAGGAACAACUGCCUCCUCAUCAUCAUUAUCAUCGUCAUAUGGCAGCUCUGUUGGUUACAGUGGCAUGCUUAACGGUUGCAACGGCAGCAUUGCCAAUAGCGCCGUCAGUCGUCUCUCCCAAUCGACGGGCAUGUCGCCGCGUGAGCUGUCCGAAAAUGACGAUUUGGCCACAUCGCUAAUAUUGGAUCCCCACCUGGGUUUCCAGACGCACAAAAUGAAUAUACGCUUUCGACCGCUUAAAGUGGACACACAACAGCUGAAGGCCAUUGUGGAUGAGUUUAUACAGACACAGAACUACGAUGUGGCCAUACAGCGCAUUUACGAUGGACCCUGGAUACCGCGUCAUCUUAAGAACAAAAACAAGAUUGCCACAAAGCGGCUGCAUGAUCAUAUCGUGCGCUAUCUACGCGUCUUUGACAAGGAUAGUGGAUUUGCCAUUGAGGCCUGUUAUCGCUAUUCACUUGAAGAACAGCGGGGUGCGAAGAUAAGCUCAACUAAGCGUUGGUCCAAGAACGACAAAAUUGAAUGUCUGGUUGGCUGCAUUGCCGAGCUGACUGAGGCCGAGGAGGCGGCACUGUUGCAUUCCGGAAAAAACGAUUUCUCCGUCAUGUACAGCUGUCGCAAGAACUGCGCCCAACUGUGGCUUGGACCAGCCGCCUAUAUCAAUCACGAUUGUCGCGCCAAUUGCAAAUUCCUGGCGACAGGUCGUGACACUGCCUGCGUUAAAGUGUUGCGCGACAUCGAGGUGGGUGAGGAGAUCACGUGCUUUUAUGGCGAAGAUUUCUUUGGCGAUAGCAAUCGCUACUGUGAGUGCGAGACCUGUGAGAGACGUGGAACGGGUGCCUUUGCGGGCAAGCACAAUGGUGGCCAUCUGGAUGGAGGUACAGGCCUAAUGUUAGGCCUGAGCUCGGGACUGGGCGUAGGCGCUGGUGUCGUUGGAGCCUGCACUGGUGGUGGCUACCGUCUGCGUGAGACAGACAAUCGCAUUAAUCGCAUGAAGAGUCGUGCCAACAGCACAAACAGCACGUCGAACAGCAACAGCAACACAAAUGAUUCGACAGGUACCACCGACAGCAAUGCCAGUGGGGGUGGUGGUGGAAGUGGAUCGAUUAUCACCACAAACAGCACCAAUAACAAAGGUCAGAAGGAUCAUCUGCAAAUGGCAGGUGCCAGUAUUGCAGUUGCUGCAGUGGCGCUCAUGGAUAAAAAACCGCCCAACGUUGUGGUCUCGCCACUAACCAUGAAGGAGUUGCGUCAGAAGGGCAUGACAAAAUACGAUGCUGAAAUGAUCAUGGCCAAUGCAGCGUAUCAGCAACAGCAGCAGUUUCAUCAUCACCAUCAUCACCACCACCAUCAGCAGCAUCAUGCGAGCACUGGUGCCGAUGCCACCGCAGCAGUGGCCACUGCAACGGCUAUGCAAAAACCACCGCCUAAUGCUACCGAGGUCAAUGGUAGGGCGAGCACAUUGCGAAAAUCCAUGCGUGUAAAUAGCACGAGCAGCACCAUCUCUACUGCAUCCACGGACGAGGUAUCAUACAAUGGUGCCAGUGUCAAAGCCGCAGUGGCAGUAACACCAGCGCCCGUAGUGGCCAAAUCAGCGGUGGUCCUGGUGCCACGUUGCAAACCAGCGGCAGUCGCUGCUGCACUGCAUCAUCAGCAUCAGAAGCACUUGCGACGCAGCGAACGAAAGACAUCCAGUCAAAAGGACAAAAGCAGUGGCAGCACAAGCAGCAACAGCAGCGUCUGUGGUGAAGGUGGUGGCGGUGGCAAUGGCAUUAGCAGCAGUAACAGCAGCAAUGCAUCCAGCGGCUAUAGCCUCAAUAACGGCAAUGAAAUCGCGGACCUGUCCAAGCUCCGUAACAAAUAUAUGUCGGAUAGUGAGGGCAGUGAUGCAGAGCAGGCCAACAAAUCGUAUUUGUGCAAUGCAAGCACUGUCACUGUAGCACCACCCGCACCAUCAAGUGAUGACCAGCAGCCGCAACAGCCCCCGGAGAAACGUAUAACGCGUAAUAGCGCAGUGCGCUUACAGCUUCAGCAGCAGCAGAAGCAACAACAUCAGAAUGAUGUGACAACAACUACAACUGCCCAUAAUAACAACAGCAACUGUAACAAUAGCAGCAACAGCAAAGCAACGAUUACAAAUUGUAAUAAUAAUAAUAGUAAUAAUAGCAGUAGGCAUAAUCUUAGUGGUAGAUUUAGUGGUAAGCUGAAUGCUGCCAAGCUGAAGACGUGCGGUGAGGUGGUAACAACGACGGUAGAGGCGAUAGAGAUGGCGAUGCCAGCAACAAGCACACCCAACCCUGAGCCAUCAAUCUGUUCGCCCACACCCUCGUUUACAUGCUCAUCCACGUCCUCGGUGGCAACAGCGACGCUAGGGGAUGCUCUCGACAACCUUCAACAACAACAACCACAGCAGACGCAGGACGAACAACAACAACGGGCACAGACACACGUACAGGAGACAGUAGCGGGGGUCGGAGGCUUUAAAAUAGGCAGUACAAGUGGCAGCGGCAGUCCGGCAUACAAAAAGAACCUGAUGGCCAGCUUCGAGCACGCUGGCUGUGGCAGACAACCACCACAUGGGGAGCACACGAAGCAGAAACGCAGUAGACGGGCGGCCGCUUUAAUCGCCGCCGAGCACAUACACAGCGAAGCAAUGGGCGGUGCGGCAGUGCAAAGAAAGCGACAACAGCAGCAACAGACUCAGCAGACAGCGACUACAUCAGUAAGCAGCCAGGUAGAACCAUUGCUGAAAACGCCGGAGCGGCGCUUAAAGCUGACGCUACGCAUGAAACGUUCGCCCAUACUCGAUGAGGUCAUUGAGCUGGGCACCAGUCUUAGCGACGAGGGCCAGCAUGGACUGCACAAUGGCAGUGGCAAUGCAAAUGCGGCCAAUGCAACCAACGCUGAUAGCAAUAAUCUGAACAGCAGCGCUACCAACAGCACCAACAGCAGCGGUGCAGGCAUGGAAACGCCGAUUGAGUAUGAAGUACUGCGCAUGGAAGGUAUUUCCGAACAUGGUAACGAUGAUGAUGACGAUGAUGAUGCCGAUGUUGAUGCUGAUGCUGAGGCUGCUGCAGAUGACGAUGAUGAAGAUGUCGUGGAGGAAGCUGAGGAUGGAGUUGGGAGUGAAACAGAUCGCCAAUAUAUGCACUAUUUGCAACAACAGCAGCAGCAGCAAAGCAGGGAGAGCCAACGGCAAAUGGUGGGGAAUCGAAGGAAGCAGCGACGAAAGCCCAGAAGUAACGAAUUCACUGAAAUAACAUCAAGAACGCGACGCAGUCGACGCACAGCGCUCGAUGUGUCGCCCUCGCCUCCUCCAACAGUGCAGUCGUCGGUUUUAAGCAUCUAUGGAACGCCCCAGAAGAAACGUUUGCGACUAAUAUUUGGCAAUGAGACGCACACUAUAGACAUUCCACCAUCAACAGCCACAACAGCAUCAGCAACAACAACAACUGCCAGUGGCAUUGAUGAGCUCAAUAGCAGCGGCAUCAGUGCCAGCGAUGAGUCCUUUAAUGCCUCCUCAGCAAGCACAACCAGUGGGGGCGGCACUAGCAUGACUGUCAACACCUCAUCGCAGACCACUUCAUCGGCAGCAUCCUCCAUUGACGCCUCACCUUCGGUAGCAGCAGUAUUAGCAGCCACGACAACAACAACAACUACAGAGCCAACAAUACGUAGCGAUGGUGGAGAAGGGGAAGGCAUUAAUACUGCUGCUUGUUCAUCACCCACAUCCCAACCCGCCCAUUUAUCAUCAAAUCCAUCGACGCCAUCGAGCAGCACAUCAUCCAACAGCGGCAAUUCAUUUCAAUCGGCCUGCACUAGUUCCUCGACAGCAUUCUUUGGACGUGCCAAGUCACCACCCACAUCAACAACCGCCUCCUCAGGCAGUUCGUCAUCAUCAUAUCUGUAUAACAGCCAUCAGCAAUAUGUGUGGACCCCGGUCAAUGGCAGCGGUCUGUUAGGCAGCUAUAACGGCAAAUACGGCAGCCAGAUUUUGGAAUAUCAGUCCCCAGGAGCGGCAACACAGUUGAGAAAAUAUGUGCCUCUGAGCACGACUAUAAGCACCGUGCCUGCCAAGCGUAGCCAAGCAGAGAGCAGCAGCAUAAUCACAUCAUCCACUUCCUCAUCGUCGUCGUCCUCAGUGACGACAGCCACUAAUAGCAGUGUUGGAGUUGGAGGCGGUGUUGGCCACGCCUUUCUGCCUCAAGCUCUGACAAUGCCUAAGCAUACAUUUGGAACGUGCGCACUGCUUGCUCCCACAAGCUUCGCCAAUCUCCAGCAAGCGAAGUCAACAGUGACAACAACCACCCAGCAGCAGCAGCCCCAACAAUUCGAUAGUAUGGAACAGCCCCCGACUUCAAUCAAUCAUUACCAGCAACAACAGCUUCAUCACCAUCAUUACAAUCAUCAUCACAAUAACAAAUAACCAACGAACGACUGAUCUCCAUGCAAAUUGUUUGGGCUGCUACUCUUAUGGCCAACAACAACACCACCGUUCGUUGCCCCUGCUGUUGCCUAAUUUAAAAGCCUCCCAGCCCCAGCUGCAGACCACUAUACCAACCAACUAACUAACCAACAUAAACCUUUGCAAACAACCCCAAACAAAAAUAUUAUAAAACUAAUAAUACAACUUUCCUCACACUGCGCAAACAAUCGAAUUUAGUUUGCCACUUCAAUGAAUUGUAUAUAGAAAAAAAAUCCCUCAUUUAGUGAUUAUUUGCACUUCAAUUGUACAUGAUUUCGAAAUUCAAAUGAAUUAAGCCGUACUAUGUUUAGUGGUGAUUCAAGUCCUAAUCCGCAUUAUUUUAAUUCCCAAGUAUAAGGGCAAAUCUGAAUUAUUUUAUUUUUACAUAAAUAUAUAUAUACAUAUAUUUAUAUAUAUUUAUAUAUAUAAUUAUAUAUAUAUACAUU